AUGGGAUGUGUUCGUGGCGCUGUUCUGACGAUCAGUUUAACGAUCGUGCUGCUAAUCCUACCUUAUGCAGCUUGUGAUAAGUACGAAUACAUCAACCUACCGGAAGCACAUCUUCCGAUAUACUUCAAACGGUUUCCGGCACUCGAAAAGCAAUGUACAGAAGACGAAGCGUGCCCCUAUAGGGCGGUUAUAGCAAGCCAAAGUUACCAGAACCGUAAGGAUGCCUGCUGGGGCUAUGAAGAAGGCUGUACGGAGAGGAACCGAUACGCGAACCAUACCUGCCCCGGAAGCCACAUUGGAUACGUGAAAAGCAAGCAGGCUCAGUUGGACACAUUCUAUAGCCAGGCGGAUUUCGGUUUUGUGCGGGAUCAAAUUCGCGAAAGCCGCAUCAUGUGUGAACCCCAGUUUCCGCACGAUUCGUCGCUGGAGUGCUCGAAGUAUCUACGCUUCUGUCGUGGCCGCAAUUUGAUGAUCAAUUUCACCGAUCUAGCAAACCGCCGGUCCGAACCGUUGCGCUACAAGAUGGAUGUAUUGGGGCAGGGCCAAAUCGGGGGCCACUGUCGGCUGCACGGCGAAAGGUUGCGGGACGAACUGCAGCACAUUAGUCCACUGCAAUCGUGGGGACCGGAGUUGCGGUUUUUCGAACGGCUCGAGCGGCCCCCGAUCGAGGACGGGCGGUGCGAUGUAGUGAUCGAAAAGCCGGCUUUCAUCAUGAAGAUCGAUGCCGCCAUCAAUAUGUAUCACCAUUUUUGUGAUUUUGUUAACCUGUACGCUUCGCUGCACGUGAAUCUGUCACAGCCCGGUGCCUUCGGUACGGAUACGCACGUGCUGAUCUGGGAAUCGUUCACGUACCUGUCACCGUUUGCGGAAACAUUUAAGGUGUUCACGAAGAAUCCUAUAGCGGAUUUAAAAACAUACGCCGGGAAGGUGGUGUGUUUUAGGAAUGUCGUCCUACCGUUGUUACCACGCAUGAUUUUUGGGCUCUACUACAACACUCCGAUCAUUUAUGGCUGUGAAAACAGUGGUCUCUUUCAUGCCUUUUCCGAGCAUGUUCUUCACCGGUUGAAAGUAAGAAUGUCCACACGUUCCGACGAGCGCCUUCGAAUAACGUUCCUUUCGCGUCAAACGCGCUAUCGCAGAGUGCUGAAUGAAGAUGCGCUGAUGGAUAGAAUUGAACAUAAUCCCGAUUAUCUGGUGCAGCGGGUCAGCUACGGACACGAGCUAUCAUUCAUUGAGCAGCUACGAAUCACGCGCAACAGUGAUAUCUUUAUUGGCAUGCACGGUGCCGGGUUAACGCAUCUCCUGUUCCUACCGAAGUGGGCCACCCUGUUCGAACUGUACCAUUGCGAGGAUCCUAACUGCUACCGGGAUUUGGCACGACUCCGAGGCGUCCACUAUCUCACCUGGGAACGAGAUCAUCUCGUAUACCCGGAAGGCGAAGGAAAACAUCCGGAACGUGACGAACGUCAUGCAAAGUUCACCAACUACGCGUUCGAUGUGAACGAAUUCGAGCGUUUAGUGGCGAAAGCGGCCAAACAAGUGAAGAACCACCAAGAGUUCCAGAAUUUUUUACACUCAAAAGCAAACCGUCCAGCAAAGAAAGAUGAGCUUUAG